AUGACAAGUCCGCAGCCCGAUAUUGUGCUCUACGACCUAGCAUCUGAGAAGAAUGAAUGUUUCUCCCCGGUGGUGUGGCGCAUCAGGUUGAUGCUGAACUACAAGGGGGUCUCAUAUUCGACUAUCUUCGUGGAAUUCCCAGACAUCGAACCUACCCUGAAGGAACUUGGCCUGGACCCAGGCGAAUCCUCACCGGGCGUUAAGAACAAGUACACCGUCCCAGCAAUCCGCCACAUACCCAGCAACACGUGCAUGCUGGAAUCAUCUCGCAUCGCCGAGUUUAUAGAAGCCACCUAUCCCACUCCACCCGUACCGCUGCAUUCCGAGCUAGGCCAGCAAGUCGAGGCUGCUUCUCGGGAAGUACAGCUCUCCUCGAUCCCAGGAUAUUUCCGAAGGACCCGAGAAGCGGCCUUCCGAAAGCCCCUUGAGGAAGUGCUGCCUGAGGACGAGGACCAGAGCUGGGCCACAAUAGAUGGCCAGCUGCAGGCUGUGAGCGAUCUUAUCCAGACCAAUAAGGCGGACGGCCCUUUUAUUCUGGGUGCGAAGCCGAGUUAUUCUGAUUUCUUUCUUGCGGGGAACUUGCAGUGCGCGAGGGUGGUUGACGAAGGCGUCUUUCAGCGCAUUGCCAGGUAUUCGGGGUUUAGGGGGAUCUAUGAGGCUUGUUUGCCUUAUAUGGAGAAUCGGGCUUGA